AUGAAAAAGCAAAUGAAUCAAAAACAAAAAAAAACUGCGUGUUUAACAUAUGUAAGAAAAUGUUUAAAAGUACCGUCUUGGUACCCGGUACAAGAAGUGGGGCAUCAAGUUUAUAACAUAAGCGUUAUCGAAGAUUUUGAAGGGCUCUUACAUGCAUCUUAG